AGGCAGAAUUAUGUCUAUGUCCCCAGUUAUGGGAAAUGUCACGAGCCUGAUGACGAGGCAUUUAUAUUUUGCAAUUGAGAACAGAAAGUCAUGGGAUAGUAUUUUAGAUAUUGCUUAUACUGAGUGUGUAUUAGCAGAGUUGAGAUUUUGGUCAGACAGUUUGACAAAUCUUAAUCAGAAGAAAUUUGUGAAUGACACCUUACCGAACAUAGUGGUGUAUUCAGAUGCUAGUAAUGUAGCCGCAGGUGCUUUUACUGUAGAAGUGAAUGAAAAAGUUUUUCAUUCCACAUGGAGCGAAUAUGAGAAAACCAUGAGUUCAACUUGGCGAGAACUAAGGGCUAUUCAAUUAGCUUUGUAUUCAUUUAAAUCUGUUUUAAAAAAUAGUACUGUUAAAUGGCACACAGAUAAUCAAAACUGUGUAAAAAUAAUCAAUAGAGGUAGCACAAAAAUGCACUUACAGUGUUUCGCAUAUGACAUUUUUAAAUUUUGUUCGAAUGAACGAGUCAUUGUACAACCAAUAUGGGUACCUAGAUCAGAAAAUAGUAGAGCUGAUUUUUUGUCUAAAAUGAUCGAUAUAGAUGACUGGCAAACAUCGCCAGAGUUUUUCGAAUUCAUGGAUAAUCUAUGGGGUCCUUAUACCGUUGAUAGAUUUGCAAAUUUUGCUAAUACAAAAUUGAAGCGAUUUAAUUCAAAAUUUUGGAAUCCCGGGAGUGAAGCUAUUGAUGCUUUUACACAAAAUUGGAAAAAUGAAAAUAAUUGGAUAGUACCUCCAAUUGAUUUAGUUUCUAAAAGUAUAAACCAUUUAAUACUCUGUAAAGCAGAAGGUACCCUGAUAGUACCAAAAUGGCCGUCCUCAUCGUUUUGGACUUUAUUAUUUAGAAAAAACAUGGAAUUUCGUCAUUAUGUAUUGGAGGUCAUUGAAUUUUCAAGUGAGCAAUGCAUAUUUCUUCAAGGGAACAACAAGAAUUCCAUUUUUGGCUCAAAGAAAUUUAAUUCUGAUGUUUUAGCAGUUAGGCUAAGGACAAUAUGUAAAUAACUGUUUUUGUUUUUCUGUGAUAUACACAUGAAACACGUUGACAAGGCUAUAGAAAGAUAGCGAGGUCUUCUUUAGAAAUCUGACAAGGCUAUAGUACAGAGCAAGGUCAGAAAUGAUUAUUUAUGAAAUGCAUUUGCCAUGUAUAUAUUUUUUUAUUUACUAUUUGUUUGAAUUUUUACAUUUUUCAGAUAUUUUCAGCGUUGGUAGGUGGUCAUCGGACACUCUUACACAACACCAGCACUUACAAAAUUUAGCAAAGUGUCUUCCUGAGUUUUGUCUACAAUCCAGAGCUGAAAAUACGCGAAAGAAGUACAGAUUGGUGUAUAGGUGUAUAUAUUUUGCAUUUAUUAUGGAUGGCUGACUGUGACUGAGCCAGUAUGACUGUUGUUUAGUGUCUCAAUAAUGAGAAUAAGCAGUAGUGUGCUUGAAUGGCUUUUGAA